AUCUCCUUGAGUCCUAACACCAUGCCUUCAAUUGAGUUGCAGAGUUCUGAUGGAGAGAUAUUUGAAGUUGAUGUUGAAAUUGCGAAACAAUCUGUGACUAUUAAGACCAUGUUGAAAUAUUUGGGAGUGAGUGAUGAAGGAGGUGAUGAUCCAGUCCCCUUGCCAAAUGUUAACGCAGCAAUAUUAAAAGAGGUCGUUCAGGGGUGCAACCACCACAAGGAUGAUCCUCCUCCUCCUGAGGAUGAUGAGAACAAAGAAAAGCGAACAGAUGAUAUUCCUGUUUGGGAUCAAGAAUUCCUGAAAGUUGACCAAGGAACACUUUUUGAGCUUAUACUGGCAGCAAACUACUUAGACAUCAAAGGUUUGCUUGAUGUUACCUGCAAGACUGUUGCCAAUAUGAUCAAGGGGAAAACUCCUGAGGAGAUUAGAAAGACAUUCAAUAUCAAAAAUGAUUUUAUUGAAGAAGAGGAAGCCCAGGUAUGCAACGAGAACCAGUGGGUGUGA